AUGCCAGACUUCCUGAAUGGUGAUGAUUCGCGUUCUACAACCGGCGUUCACCAUACGCACCGCGACUACUACUCGGAGAGCUCGCCCAUCCCUUCCAUUCAGAGGUUCUUCAAGAAGGGACUAUCAGAGGUCGUAGCAAAGCGCAAUCUCGCCGACUCAGACUCGGAUUCUGGCGAAGAAGAUGCCGACCGCGUGUUGGGCAGCGGUGGCGAACCUUCCGAACUCUUCGACCCGCAGCAAGGCCCCGACAAGGACAAAGCUCAGCAGAGAGAUGCAAGGUCGAGCGCAGACCGCCUUUCGAAGCUCUUACCCGGAUCGAAAUCUCGUCACGAAAGCAAAGAUGGAAACGUCCAUCCUGCAGGCACGGACGAGGAGGAUCGUCCGAGCGGCGAUUCAGCUCACCAGAGCCCAGCAGAAGCAGACAGAGCAUACAAGCGCAGUCGAAAGCCCCGCAAGGUCAAAGACCCGGUCACGGGCCGAGAGCAUUGGAUUCACGAUGUAGGCAAGCGCGAAUACCGUCACACUCUGGCGCGUGCCGAAGCCGGCGACAAGCGAGGUAUAGACGAGGUCCUUCGUGACAACCUCGCGAAUAAUCUCACUUCGAAAGCGUUCCCUGAAGCAGAGCCUCUGCCUCCCACGCCAGCUCAGAUCGAUCGACGGCUGCUCCCACUCUUUGCCGCCUGGUCCGUCCUCACUGUGCUGACGGUCAUACCCGCCUGGAUCAGUGUCAUACUCAAUGCCUGGCUGGUGUGGUGGGGCUGGCAAAAAUUUCUCUCCCGGUCUGAAGACCAUCGAUGGGAGAGGGAGCGAGUCAGAGGUGAAAAGGCGAGAGCGUUCGACGAGCUCGCUGAAGACGACGAGAAAUCGCAAGACGCCCAGCAAGGUCUUGCAGAGGGAGCUGAAUGGCUCAACGCCAUCCUCGAGGCGCUUUGGUCUGUCAUGAAUCCGGAGCUUUUCUCAUCCCUCGGAGGUACACUCGAGGAUGUCAUGCAAGCUUCCAUUCCGGCUUUCAUCCACUCGGUCAAGGUAGAGGACCUCGCUCAAGGCUCCACUCCGAUCCGCAUCACCGGCCUUCGAAUCCUUCCCGAUGACAAUGUCGACAACCUCGUGAAAGGAAUGCGCGAGGAGAGGAUGCGACGAGCAACGGCCGAGAACCCAGAUCAGCAAGAACACAGACAGUCGACGAAGUCGAACGAAGAGAUCAAUCACGAGCAGCAAACACACGAGGAAGAAGAGAAAGCCGAACACUAUGUCAACCUCGAGAUCGGCUUCGUGUACCGAGCGCGACCCACAUCGAACGGCGUCGGUGGCAAGAGUCGCAACGCUCAUCUGCUCAUCAAGUUCUGGAUUGGUGCACGCAAGCUGCUCAUGAUCCCUCUUCCUGUCUGGGUCGAGAUCAAAGGAUUCGUCGGCAAAGUGCGCGCACGAGUGCAGCUCACAUCGGAUCCGCCCUUUGUCAAAGACGUCACCAUCACCUUCUGCGGUCUGCCCCGAGUCGGCAUCGAGGUGGUGCCCUUGCGCAUCAACACGUCCAACAUCCCCUUCAUCUCGAGCUUCAUCGAGAGCUCGAUCGAUGCCGCCAUUGGCGAGUUUGUCAUGCCCUCUUCUCUUUCGAUGGAUGUAGGCGAGAUGCUCAUGGGCGACAACAUCAAGCGCGAGGUCUUGGCGCUUGGUGUUGUGGUGGUACUCGUCCACUCUGCCACCGAUCUCGAAAAGCAGGACGUGCGCGGAUCGUCGGACCCGUACUGCACGCUGAGUCUUGCCAAGGUAGGCAAGAUCCUGUACAGCACGCGGGUGGUGGUGAACGAGCUGUCGCCGCGAUGGGAGGAGAGGCAUGUGAUUUUGGUGACACGGGAGCAUCUCGAUUCGGAUGACAAGGUGUCGAUCGCGCUCUGGGACUCGGACCGCUUCUCGCAGGACGACAUUCUGGGACAGGCCGAGGUGAGCCUCGUUGCGCUGGCAAAGCACCCAAACAAGCUGUUCAAGCGGAGCGACACGCUCAAUGGGCUGGACCGGGAAAGCACCAAACAAGGGAUUAUUCAUUGGAGUCUAGGCUUCUUCAGCAAGGCUCCAUCGAUGCGUCAAGAGCCACAGUCGGAAGGAGAGCAGACAUCGAAGCGCAGGCUAUCGGCUCAGGGUUCAAGCACUGGGCACAAUGAAGACGAUGCAGCAUCCGAUGAUCAGGGUGAUACGAACGAUGCUUCCAGCAAAGGCGAAGAAGACCGCCUAUUCCACGACGGUGACGAGCUCCAAUCCGAAUCGAUCGAGUCGCACAGCCCGCUGCGAACCGAGUUCAUCGACAACGAGAAGAAGGUGCAGACACGCAACCAGGCGACAGGUGUCGACUCUCAACCACCCGACCCUUCCCUGCCUUCUGGCAUCCUGUCAAUGCAGAUCCACCACAUUGCUAACCUCGAAGCAUCCGACCGGCACAAGACCACCCGUCCUCGGCGCAAGAACGAACCCGGCCAGGACGUCGAGACCGUCGAAAGCGAGGCCGAUCCGGAACACGCACCCUCCGCCUACUGCCGAAUCAUCCUCAACGACGAGAUCAUCUUCCAAACACGCACCAAGGCGCUCAAUGCCAACCCGUUUUACAAUGCGGGCACGGAGCGGUACAUUCGCGAUUGGCGGCGGACACUCAUCAUGUUUGUCGUGUACGACUUUCGCGCUCGCGAGGCGGACGCCAUUCUGGGAGUGGUGCCGAUCAAGCUGUCGGAGCUCUUCGCGCGCAAUUCGCAGGUGACGCGCUUCUUCCCGAUUGCAGGAGGUGUUGGCCACGGCCGCAUCCGGUUGUCGCUGCUGUUCCGCCCGGUGGAGCUCACGAGCCUUUCCAAGAACCAGCUCGGAUGGAACAUCGGUACUGUGCGACUGCUCUCUUCGCCUGUAGCGACAGACUUUGCUAAGGGCACCAGCGGAGGGGAUUUCAAACUCAUCUCUCUGCGGUGUGCGACGCUGGCUGGGCGCGCCAAGAUUGCCGCCACGCGUGCCCACUCGAUAAAGGACGGGGUGGAGUGGAAGCUGGAAGAUCGAGAGUUCCCCUUCAAAGUGCCCGCCCGCCGUCGCUACUGCGCACCCUACGUGAUCGAAUUUCGUCUGCUCACCCGAACAACGCACAUGUGCAUCCUCUGGCAACAAGAUCUCCCCGACGACGAGGUGCUCGACCUUCGUCUCCCCAUCUGGCGACCCAAAUCGGGCGAAGACUUCCACCGCCUCCGCCAGAACUACCACGACUUCCGCCAGGAGGACCAGGCGGAACGCCUCGGCGUCGAGCGCGUCGGCUACCUGCACGUCAAAAUGCAGUUCAAGUCCGGUCUAGGUAAGGUGCAUACCAAGUUUAAUAACGAGGGUGCACGCACGGUGAUGGACGCAUGGAAGUGUUGUGUUAGUCUGGGGUUGAGGAGUGUGGGAGGGGACUUUGCCGAGAGCCGGGUGAACACGCGGGGGUAUUUGGAGGAUAUGAAUGAUCAAUCCGAAGAAGAGCCUGGAGAGGAGUACGACUCGAGCGACGACGACGUGGAUGCACAGGACUCGUCCCCAUCCGACGGUCGCGAGAACGCCGCCCAGGACGAAAACACGAUGGAGGGAAUGAAGCGCAACCGCUCGCUGAAGGAGAAGGUGGCCGACUGGAAAGCGGAAAAGGCCGAAUUGCAUAGGCAGCACAAGGGUUUGACAGCACACAAGCCGGUACGGACGCUCGAGUGGGUAUGCACCACGGUCAAGAGCGCCAGUGCAGGACUGAAGGACCGGUUCGAUCUGCAGGAUCGACGGUCUCAACACGUCGAGACGGAGCUGUAG